AUGGCUUCCCGUGUGAGUCGCAGGUCUCGAGCGCUCGACUCUGACGAUGAGGACUCGCGACCAAAUACACCCUCAUCAACCGCGCCAAACGAUAGCAAGCGACAACGCCAAAGAUAUGCACAUUCCCCGGAAGACGAUGACGAAGACGAUGAGGUUCCCUCUGAUAUGAGCGCUACGCCGAACAUUACACUGAAGCCCUUACAUCGUCGAAAUCGACCUAAUGAUGUUCAGAGUGACUCUUCAGGCCGGCAAAGUCGGCAUCAGCCGGGGGCUAUUGUUCGUGUCAAAUUGAUCAACUUUGUCACCUACACUUCUGCAGAAUUCUAUCCUGGACCCAAUUUGAACAUGGUCAUAGGACCAAAUGGCACAGGAAAGAGCACUCUAGUGUGCGCAAUUUGUCUUGGGCUUGGGUGGCCGCCCUCGUACCUUGGACGCGCCAAAGAUCCGGUCGAAUUCAUCAAGCACGGAUGUCGAGAAGCAUCUAUUGAGAUCGAACUCCAGCGAUCUGCCGACUCACCUGAAAACCCUAUCAUUACCAGAGUUAUCAAAAGAGAAGGGAGCAAAUACACCGUCAAUGGAAAUGCUACCAGUGGCCGACAAGUUCAAAAAUUGGCGAAUUCCUUCAACAUCCAAAUCGACAAUCUCUGUCAAUUCCUGCCACAGGAUAAAGUGGUGGAAUUCGCACAGAUGAGUCCGAUCGAACUCCUCGCGAGUACCCAACGAGCUGUAGCAGGUCCUGAGAUGACGUCGAUGCACGACGACCUCAAACGAUUACGCAGUGUCCAGAGCGAGACACUCAACAAAUCCAAAGCAGAAAAAGAGCGACUGGCCAAUCUCGAAAAUCGACAAGAACUGCAACGAACGGAAGUUGAGAGGAUGCGUGAACGAGCAUUGGUCAAAAAGAGACUGGAAUGGAUGGAGAAAUGCAGACCCCUCGUAGAGUACGCCGAGUGCAGGGUCAAAUACAAAGAGGCCAAGCAGAAGGCGAAAACAAUGACUCAGGAACUGAAACGUCUAAAGGCUAUUUCUGCCCCCACUUUGAAAGACCUCGAAGCAAAGAGAAAAUACGAAAGAGAUGUCAGGUCCUUGAAGGAGAAGCGGAAGAAAGAUCUGGCGGUGAGUGAAAGAAAGUGUGAGGAAGCAGCAAAGAAGAUCGCCGAGACGCAAAGCACUGUCGACGAUUACAAGAACAGACUGGAGGCCGAGAGAAAAGUUCCCGGCGAGAAGAAGGUGGAGAUCAGCCGCAAUAUGAAGGCGAUCGCAGAGUUUAGACAACAGAAGGAACAGGUGCCACCAGCAUUUGACGCUCGUGCCAUGACCGACGAAAUCCUGCAAGUGAAGAACCGACAGAGAGCCGUGGAGACUCAGAAACUCGAACUGAGUGAGCGCAAAGAUGUUCUCAAGACACAAGGACUGGAGGCCAGGUCACGACGUGAGGCACUAGAAAAGACCCUUCGUGAUAUGCAGACAGAAGCUGGAAAGCAGGAAUUGAAACUCAAAGAAACUUCAAAAGAUACCUUCAAAGCUUGGGAAUGGAUCCAACAGAACCGCGAGGAAUUCAGCGCGCACGUGUAUGGUCCUCCCAUCGUGGAAUGUUCGCUCAAAGACCCCGCAAUGGCUGAUGCUGUCGAGUCUCUCCUUCAGCAGAAUGAUUUCAAGAUCAUCACCGUUCAGAAUAAGGACGAUUUCAGGAAGCUGCAAGACAAGCUUUCAAAAGGCCUGAAACUACACGACGUCAGUCUCCGGGUCUGCCCUCCUGCUAACUCUCAACAGCAAGCCCAUCGUCCCUUGAAUCCAGAAGAGAUGGCGAAGUUUGGCUUGACUAGCUGGGCGAUCGAUCACCUACAAGGCCCUGCCCCUGUCCUGGCGAUGCUAUGCGCGGAGAGAAACCUCCAACGCGCCGCAAUGAGCUCUACAGAACUUAGUCAACAACAGCAUGACCAGCUCGCCGCAACCUCAAUAGCCAGCUACGUGGCCGGGCGAAAACUCUACCAAUUCAUGCGCCGAGCUGAAUAUGGCACUGCAGGAACCUCGUCUCGUGUAGGAGAUCUUCGUGUCGCCAAAAUGUGGACAGAUCAACCGGUGGAUAUGGGAAGACAGGCGGCGAUUCAACGACAGAUGAAUGAAGUUUCAGGAGAAGGAAAACUCCUGUCGACCGAAUUCCACAACCUCAAGGCAGAGAUUGUCCGACUUGAUGAGCAAAUAAAAUUGCUAGCAGCGGAAGAAUCAGCCAAGCGAUCGGAAAAAGAUACAAAGCAAGCUGCCCACGCAGCUUACAAAAAGCUUGACGCACAGAUUGCGGAAAAAGAAGACAAGAUAAGGAUCGCGGAGAAGGCAUUGGCCGAGUCCAAAGAGCUUAUGAAGCGACUGAACGACGGAUUGGCCAAUGCAAUGGUAGAAAAGACGAACGCAGUCCUUGCUUUCGCCUCUGCUGUAGGAGUUGUCAAAACCAAAUCGUCUGCACUGCUCGAGGCUGAAGUAUUACACGUCGAAGCCAGUUCCGACUUUACAUACUUGACCAGCCAGAAUGAGCAGAUUGUCCUUGCGAUCAGAGAGAAGGAGAGAGAAGUGGCCGACGCAGAAAAGGUUCAUGAAACACAUCAUGAGCGAGCGAGAGCCCUUUAUUCCGCUUGUCAAGGCAUACAGGCCGAAGCUCAACAGCUCCAGCAAGAUGAAGAUGACAACGGGUUCAUGGAAUUGAUACAACAUAUGGCCGAUCAAGUUAAGACUCUCGAAGCUCUGGAGGCUGAAAUCGAUGCCGAGAAAGCCAAACUCGAAUUGACCGAGGGUGGCAGUACGAAUGUCAUCAGGGAAUAUGAGGACCGAGCGAAGUUGAUUGAAAGACUAAGAGCCAAACUCAUAGACGAUGCACAACAGCAAGCUGAUCUCAAGCACGGUAUCCAAGAGAUUCGUGGCAAAUGGGAAGAACGUCUGGAGGCUGUAGUUGCCAAGAUCAACGAAGCAUUCUCCGACUCUUUUGCGAGAAUCGGCUGUGCCGGUCAGGUUGCUGUCUACAAGGCAUCUUCCGAAAUGCCUGCCGACUGUACGGAAGAGAACGGGGGCGCUGACAACGGACUCGAUUUUGCGAAUUGGGCUAUUCACAUCAGUGUCAAAUUCCGCGAGCAAGAGCCGCUCAGUCUACUUGAUAGUCAUCGACAAUCUGGUGGAGAAAGGGCGGUCAGUACGAUAUUCUAUCUCAUGGCCAUGCAAAGUUUGAGUCAAGCUCCUUUCCGAGUCGUCGAUGAGAUCAACCAGGGUAUGGAUCCAAGAAACGAGCGUAUGGUACAUGGCCGGAUGGUGGACAUUGCAGCAGACGAUGGUGGUAGUCAAUAUUUCCUGAUCACUCCCAAAUUGUUGAGUGGUCUGAAAUACAGACGAGGCAUGACGGUGUUGUGCAUUGUCAGUGGUGAGAACAUGCCAUCAGCACGCGUACAAAAUGAGAAGGGUGGAUGGAUCGAUGGCCCCAAGGUUGAUUUCAGAUCAUUUUUACAAAAGGCCCAAAACCUUGGGCACAGAGGAGCCGCUCCAAAUGAUCGAAGGGUUGAUUCUGGAGUUGGCUUGAGAGGCUUCGAAACCACGAGUCGGUUUACACCGGUUGGGGCAUGAUGAGAGCAAACAAUAGGUUGCAGAGUUGAAGAUGACAAGUUAUGGAUUGGGAUGAUGAUGAUCAUCAUGACGACGAUGGUCCGAGUUGGGUUCUUGAGGUACUACAGUAUACGAUUAGUAUCAAG